UUCAAGUUUGCUCAUAAUAAAACAUGUUUUUAAUAUUCAUGAUAGUUAUUUCGACAUGUUAGAAACAAGAAAUGGAUUUGAAUUUUUAUUUUACAUUCGCAAUAUUUGUUUAUAGAACGGAAGCAAACUCUACCAUAGACAACAAUGCGUUGGCAGUAUUAGCGCAGCACGAAGAUGACUUCACUCCAGAGACCUUCGCUUUCUUUAAUGUUAGCAAAAAGUACAAAAAGUUUGACCUCACGGAGUUGGAAGCCCUGAGCAGGCGGUGGGACCUCUGGUAUUUCAGGAAGUACAUCGAGAGGCAGGUGUACACACAGGAGCUCAACGAGAGAGCGUGCUACUUCAUCUGCAUGACUUACAUCACCGCAAUGCCUCAAAUCCGAAGGUACUUUGACCUACGCUACUUCUACGUGGAAACAGUGGAGUACGAGAUGGGAUAUGCCAUUUACGACAUCGUGUACAGAUACCAGAUGAUGCUUGAGAUAUACCAGAUUAUGUACAAUAAGUACUAUAUGCAGCCAUGGCGUUAUAAGACACCAAUAUCGUACAUGUUCUAUAUGUAUCGGAACAUGUUAGAGUACGGCAUGACCAUCAUACAUCUGUGUAACAUGCUCCACGAGACCGAGAAGAAAUUCCAAGGGAAGGCUCUCGGGCAUUGGGACGACUAUCCUGAUUCAAACGAGCAGGAGAAGACCAAGGCCUCCAACUUCACAAGAGACAAAAAUAAGGCAGUGAGCGACUACGAGAAACGCCGAGAACAAGAAAGAAAGAAGAGACUCAAAGAAAGGAAGAAGGAACGUAAGAAGAUUGACAUAGGAUUCACUCGGACCACUCCACAAAGGCGGCCUAAGAAGAGUUUCUGGCCUCUUCACUACGGUUGGUCAAUCGAGUAUUGGUAAAAAUAUAGAAUUAAAAA